AAAUCAUCUCUUGCCUCCCUCUUCCCUUUCUAGAACACCUGGUCUAUCCAAAAUCUAUGGCACAAACACAGCAACGAGCAUCCAGAAAAAUUCGAUAAUGGCGUUUAUGCAUCUUCAUCAUCAUCUUCUUCCAUCGCCGUCUCUCUUAUUCUCGAAAGCUUCACCGUCGGUUUCCAGAUCAUUAUCUUGCUUGUCUACGCCAUCAUUUCCGUCCAAAAAAUCAACUGAUUGCAGCAACUGGCUUCUUCGUUUUCCCCAAAAAUCUCUGAGUUUUGCGCUUUCUGGAGCUCUCGCGCUCGGAAUAACUAUCUCAGGAGUUGGAUUUGCGGACGCUAUAGUUGGGGUUAACAAACCAGAAUUGCUUCCCAAGGAGUUCACCUCUGUCAUUGAUGUUGCUGGAUUUCUAUCUGAUGGUCAGGAAAUUAGGCUGAAACAAGAAAUUGCUGACAUUGAGAAGGAUACUGGUUAUAAGUUGCGAGUUUUGGCCCAAAAUUAUCCUGUGACACCAGGGCUGGCGAUCAAAGAUUUCUGGCAAGUGGAUGAUAGAACAAUUGUGUUUGUUGCCGAUCCUACAUUUGGUAACAUAUUGAACUUCAACGUCGGAACAUCUGUCGAUUUGGACAUUCCACGGAGUUUUUGGAGCCGUUUGGCUGGAAAGUAUGGAAACAUAUUUUAUUGGAAAGAGAAGGGUGAAGAUGCGUCUAUUGAAUCAGCUGUCAUUGCAAUAUCUAAUUGCUUGAAAGAACCAGUUGGGCCAAAUAACUGUUCUGAGAUAAAAUAACAGCAUCAAACAAUUUUGAAAAUCAUGAUUAGGAUGGCAGACCUAAAAUUAUGAAUCCUGACUAUUGAAAAAUCUACAUUGAUCGGGAGAGCAAUAAAGUAACGAUAUUUUUUACCAAGUCAAAAAAUAGAUCCCGUCACAUCACUUUCUUUCCAUUUUUUAUAUGAACUUAGAAUUUGGACGAGAUUGUAUCAAAAGAAUCAUGUAAGGCGUUCUCAUGCA